AUGAAAGUUGCUUUUUGCACAGAUUUAGAUAAAAGCGUCGUUCUGGCAAAUUGUGAGAAACGUAAUUGGGUGCAAGUAGGUCCGGACGACGAAUGGAAUAUAUACUGGGCUGGUACGUUAACAUGUCGAAGUCUUUUCAGCGUGGACAGCGGUUAUAGAAUGAGCGACAACCAAAUAAUCAAUCAUUUUCCUAAUCAUUACGAGAUUUCCCGAAAAGAUUUAUUAGUGAAAAAUAUAAAACGAUAUCGCAGAGACCUGGAGAAAGAAGGAAACCCUUUGGCCGAAAGAGGUGAUUCGAAAUAUAUUUAUUUAGAUUUCAUACCGGUUACUUUUGUAUUGCCUGCCGAUUAUAAUAUGUUCGUAGAAGAGUAUAGAAAAGCGCCGCAGAGUACGUGGAUCAUGAAACCGUGCGGACGGUCUCAAGGAGCUGGUAUAUUUCUCAUAAAUAAAUUAUCCAAGUUAAAACGAUGGUCUCGAGAAUCUAAAACGCCUUUCCAGCAACAACUCACUAAAGAAAGUUACGUUAUAUCAAAAUAUAUCGAUAAUCCUCUUUUAAUUGGUGGCAAAAAAUUCGAUUUAAGACUUUAUGUUCUCGUCACUUCCUUUCGACCUUUGAAAGCGUAUCAAUUCCGACUGGGUUUUUGUAGAUUUUGCACCGUUAAAUAUGAUUCCAGCGUUGCCGAAUUAGAUAAUAUGUACGUCCAUUUAACGAAUGUUUCAGUUCAAAAACACGGCGGAGAAUAUAAUUCUUUACACGGCGGUAAACUCAGCGUGCAGAAUUUACGAUUACAUUUAGAAAGUACUAGAGGAAAGAAAGUAACCGAAAAAUUAUUUGAUCAGAUAAGUUGGUUGAUAAUUCAUUCUUUGAAAGCGAUAGCUCCGGUUAUAGCAACCGAUCGACAUUGUUUCGAAUGUUACGGUUACGAUAUCAUUAUAGAUAACAAACUUAAGCCGUGGUUGAUUGAGGUGAACGCUUCCCCGUCUCUUACAUCGACCACUGCUAAUGAUAGAAUUCUGAAACAUAAACUUUUAGAUAAUAUUUUUAAUAUAGUUAUACCGCCUUCUGGUAUGCCAGACGUUAGAUGGAAUAAAAUACCUACUGCUCAAGCUUUGGGAGAUUUUGAACUUUUGAUUGACGAAGAUUUGAUUAGUCAAGGAGAACCUGGGAGUGAUAUGAAUAGCAGGGCCGGAAAAUGGAGAUAA